AUGCCCCCUCCUCCCACUCCCUUUUCUCAUCGCCGGUCACAUCGAGUCAUCACAACAAAUCUUCCCCAAUCCCCCCCCACCUCUCCAGAGUCAUCAGCAUGCAUUCUGCGUAAGAUGUCCUUGUCCAAAGGUGCCACAUUUCACUAUUCAUCCUCUCGACCAACCAAGGAUGAUCCAGUUCUGAGCAUUCCUCACUUGGCCCGUCGUUCUCCGACGUGCUCUCCAUCCGCUCUCACUAGCUGGCUGUCUGAAAAGGAAGACGUCGCACAGUCCAUCUUAGACUUCGAACAAACCUUCUCCGGAGCCCGUGGGAAGAAGUCUACAACCCGUCGUCGAUCAGCACAGAACUUCGAACAGCUCUCUGUUCGCCGCCUCUCAUUGCCAUCCGACGAGGGGAUUGGUUCUUCUGUGAGCCCCGCGAGUGACAAGGGACUUUCCAAGUCCUUUGAAAGAGCCUUGGAUCUAUUGUCGAACAGGGAUAGUGCACUGGGUACUUCGAUUGGUGACUCAGUGGAGCAAGUUGUUGGACACAACUCUGAAGAAGAUGGUCUUGUCCAAGACUUGAUUCAAGGUUGGAUUGCCCGUUGCAUGAUAAUGUGUGAUGAUAUUAACAUCUCCCCUGCAGAAGCUGACUCUCCAGACUCGACACUCCGUUCCGCACGGCAGCGAGUCUCAUCUAGAACUUCAAACGACGUCGCCCGAUCUGCUGUCACUCAAAGCAUUGCUCCUCCAAUCACACGACCUAUUGCCCGCCAUCCUCCUUUGAGCAACUUGGCGCGAAAGAAGAUCAACGAGUAUAUAAUCACUCCCAUCCUCGAGGAGUCUCGAUUUGAUCGUCUGCAUCCUCUUGUCACUGCUCUUGGCUCUCGGACCAACAAGACUGUUCGAUGCCUGCGUGACCUCGAACAAAGCCUCAUCCUCCAACCCUUGGUAAGCACCCUGACUUCACGACGAUCCUUCUGGUCUGACAAAGCCAACAAGACACUUGCCAUCUCAACACAACUCUAUCGAUCAUUUGGAGAGUUCACCAUCCAACUUGUUGUCGAUACAUAUCAACAUCUUUCUGAAUCAGAGCAACGACGUGCCGCUGAUCGUUCUUACAACAACGGCUACUUCCUUGACUUGGUUCAACAAGUCAACAGACUAGCUAGCCAUAUCGGUUCCUCCAACUCGGCUCAGCAGGCCGGAUCUGCUGAAGAUUCUGACGAGAUGGCUUACUCCGCUGAUGACGAGGUCACCUUGGAAGGUGGCCUCGAUCAAACAGGCCACCUUGCUGAACUAGUCCGCUGGAAGAAUGGCAAAGGUAUCUCGCUCAGGACUGGCCAGGUCUACGAAGCUACUCCUGGUCUGAAGAGACAAAGCAGUGCCGCUCUGGAUGAAGAUGUCGCCAGGUCAAUGGCCCGCAGAAAGAAGGGAUAUAUACCUGAGAUCAUCGAGAUGAAGUGCUCUGAUAAAACCUGCGGAAAAAUCUUCACCCGAAAAUGCGACCUUGCAAAACACGAAAAGACUCACUCUCGUCCUUUCAAGUGCCCAGACCAAAACUGUAAAUAUCAUGAGAUGGGCCUGCCUACAGAGAAGGAGCGAGAGCGUCACUUCAACGACAAACAUAGCGACAGCCCUCUGUUUUUCAAGUGCGAAUUUUGCGAGUUCCGCACGAAGCGCGAAUCGAAUUGCAAACAGCACAUGGAAAAGAAACAUGGCUGGCAUUACGAGCGUGCGAAGGGCAAAGACAAGGCCGCUCCCUCCGUGGCCAGGAUGACUCCUGCUCAGACACCUCGGACCCCGAGCAUCGACUUUUCUCCCAGCCCAGCUGUGUCGAUCAGAACUUGGGAUGACACUAGCUCCAUUGCUGGAAGCAUUGGCGGUAGUAUGGCCGGAAGUGCCUCUAUGACGCCAUUUGAGCAGCCCCUCAAUAACUUUGACAAUGCCUUUGCCCAGGCCCCGGUCACUUAUUCUAAUCCAAUCUUCCCACGAGCUAGUCGCACUAUGCAAUAUGCUCAAGGCGGAGACGAUUUUGAUUUCAACUCAUUCUCGGGAAGUUACCAAAAUCCUGCCCAGGCCUACAUCUCUCCCACCAACACAACUCCAAUCACACCCCACAUGAUGGGUACGCCUAUUACCCCUGCAUACAGCAACAUCACCGAGCCCUCUCCAUAUAGCGCUCACAUGGAUAUCACAAUGGAUUGCACCAAUCCAACACUCUGGAGCACUGGACUCCCAACACCAGGUUCCUUUCUCCAGGCACACUCACGUAAUCCAUCCAUCUCCGACUAUUCUCCCAUGAUUGCUGGUCCUUCUGGCCAGUCAUUUGGUGAUGAGCCUAUGAUCAAUGAUUAUGAUUUCCCACAUGGCGACUUUUCGUUGUUCUCUGGUGAAGGCUCUAGUGCCUUCUCCAACCCAGCCGCAGCAAAUGCUACAUUGUUCCCAAGUGAGCCAGAAGCUUUUGCCACCCUCGACAACGAUCCAAUGUUCAAUGAACAGUGGGAAAAUGACAUGUUUGACUUCAACAUGGACACCAAGCCUCUGGGUAACUAG